UCUUUUUAUUUUUAUAAAGAUCAAGCUUUUGACAUAGGAUCAUUUAAAAAUUUGAAACAUAACGAGAAAGGAAUAUUCAAGGUAAGAGUUAUCAAUUAUUUUUAUGACGAAGUACACAGUUCCGGUUUUCAGCCGACCUCCAAAACACAGGGCAAAAGAUGUCAAGUCGAUGCUUAUUACGUAGUCUCCGGACUGUUACAAAACAUGGAAAGGCACCUCUACCAGCUGUCACAGGACUCAUUAGUAGAGCUAACCUGUCAACGGCAGUGCUCAGGAAAGCACAACACCCACACUACCGAGCCGUAAAUAUCAGCUCCAUUCCUCAUAGGCAUGUAGCGACUGCUGAGAAGAAAUUUGAGUGUUUCAAUAUCCAAGAUGCCAAAGACUUUCAAACUAGAGUGAUGGAAAACCCUGUGCCUGUAGUUGUUGACUUUCAUGCAACGUGGUGUGGUCCCUGUAAACUCCUUGGACCGAGGCUUGAAGCAAUUAUUUCCAGUAAAGGGGGACAGGUUGCAUUGGCGAAAGUGGAUGUGGAUGAAAAUGUUGAAAUUGCCAUGGAAUAUUUGGUUGAAUCCUUGCCAACUGUAAUUGGUUUCAAGAAUGGAAGGAAAAUGGAUAAAUUCAUAGGACUGCAGGAAGAUGAUAUAAUCGAUUCGUUUGUGGAAAAACUAUUACACUAAUCAUUUUCAUUCUAAAAUGUCAAUAAUUUUAAUACACUCAACAAACUGUUAACUGAUUUUAAAGUUUAAAGCCUCUGUCAUUGAGGGAAUACAAGUGCCACGUGUAUUUGAAUUUCAAAAACUUGUUGAACUGGUAAAACAUCGAACAUUUUGUUCAAUGUAUGUUGAAUUAAAAAUUAUUUCAUUUAUGAACUGAAGUCUAAUUUCAUCAGAAUAUUUGAUUGCAUAAUAAAAUAAGAAUUCAUACUUGUAGGUUGUAUCUAAAUUGUACAGUGAAUCAAAGAUAUCUUAAGAUACUUAUGAAUAAAUAUUUAUUCAAUUAAA